AGUUAUUCGUUAUCGUUAACAGCGUAGACCACGUCCCGCCAAAUGCUAUUGACUUGUUGCAGCACGAAAAAGAUUCCGAUCGAUCAGAGUGCGCUGGCAAAUGCGCCCAGAAGGCCGCUGAAUGUCACUCGAAAAAAAAUAAUUCGAUGCGCGUCCAACGGGAAGAAGAAAGAACGUGUCGAUCCUGGUGCAGAACAGGGCCCCGAUAACAAGGGCUUUGUUUUUGGACGGGCGAAUUCAAGGAGGGCCAAUUUCCAAAAACUCUUAGAAGAAGGGUAUGCCGUCGAUCCGGAGUCAUGGAACGCGCCUCAAUCUGAACCUCAGGCUUUCACAUCUGCGUUCAGCUACGGAGCGUUUCAUGGUGCGACGCCCUUCGCCAAACCGAAUGACGUAGUUAUUGUGGCUGGUCCAAGACCUAUGACCUCGUUUAGCGAUGUGCGCUACGGAUACCAACAGGGCGGGUCUCUGCCCCCAUUCUCCCUACCUUCGGCGAAUGAUCUAGGUUUCGGCGCCGAAUCGGGUUCCAAUCGACUGAUAGACAUAGACAAGAUUUGGGACGUACCGAGAAAACUUACGAGCAGACAGCCUGAUAGCGGAAAAAUCCAGUGGGUAGCGAAGGAAGGAGACCCCGUGUCAAAUGGAACAAUUCUGUUUAAUUUGGUGCGAGGAGAUGGUACCAAAAUCAAAUUUCCUUGCCACCUCCAAGAUUCUGCAAAAUAUUAUCUGUCCAAAAGGCUUCUGAGAAAUAACAGCUACGUUUCUAAUAUAGGGCCACAAACCAAACUUGCGAUCUUGACCAAAGAAGAACCUCGCUCUAGAUGAAAAACGUAUCUUUUACGCGUCUAUUAUAAUUAUCAUAAAUCUUUUAUGGACUAGAAGACGAACUGCCAUUUGUUCUCGUUGCAUUGUGCCUACUCCUAGACACCUAAAGAGUGUGGUUCUAGGUAUCACCGACAGGAAUAUAUAUGUAUAUAAGAUGAUGACCCGAACUGCACUUCGUUCUUUCGCAUUCGGCUCAGAGAGUGUUCCUUUAGGUGCCUCUUUCAAAACAUGUUCCUUUCGACAUUCACGCCGUGUUUUCGAAAGUGCGCCAGUUCCCUUCAACGCGUUUCCUGCGCUGGUCCGACUGUGUUCAAACAAAGGUUUCAUGUUCAAGAGUAUCAAAGCAAGCGCCUGCUCCAACAGUAUGGAUUGAACGUUCAGCGAUUUCGUGUCGUUACUGCUCAAGAACAGGCGCGUGAUGCAGCUAAGGAAAUUGCGGCACCGGAAUUGGUCGUCAAGGCACAGAUCCUCGCCGGCGGUCGAGGACUCGGGUCCUUUGAAAACGGUUUUCGUGGAGGAAUACAUCUUUGCCAAAGUCCUGAGGACGUCGAGAGAGUAGCCUCCAGCAUGCUGGGGUACAGGCUCCGAACACAUCAGACUCCGCCCGACGGCAUCCUGGUAAAAAGGCUCAUGAUUGCGGAAUCGAUUCCCAUUUCUCGUGAGGUUUAUGUUUCCAUUGUAUUAGACCGCGAAGUUGGAGGGCCGAGAUUCAUUGUCAGUCCACGUGGCGGUGUGGAUAUAGAAGUAGCCGCCAUAGAAACGCCUGAUUUGCUGUGCACGGAGUCGAUCAAUAUCGAUUCAGGUCCAUUGCCUAGUCAGCUCCGCUCGCUCGUUUCGGCGCUCGAAUUGCCUGCAGGUCCCCAGUUCGAUCAAGCCAUGACUCAAUUAGCUCGUCUGUACCAACUGUUUAUUGAGCUAGACGCGACUCAAGUCGAAAUCAAUCCCAUGGCUGUCACCACCGACGGAGACAUAUACUGCGUUGAUGCGAAAAUCUCUUUUGACGAAAAUGCCCUGUUCCGUCAUCCUGAGCUGGAUUCCAUGCGUGCUGCCAAUCCGUUGGACCCGCGAGAGGCCGCCGCCGAGGCGUGCCACCUGAACUACGUCGCCAUGGACGGGAAUAUCGGCUGCAUAGUCAACGGCGCGGGACUCGCUAUGGCCACCAUGGACAUCAUCAAGCUGAAGCAUGGCAGCCCAGCAAACUUCCUGGAUGUAGGAGGUCAAGUCACGGAAGAAACGGUGACUGAGGCGUUCAAAAUUCUAACGAGCGACCAGAAUGUCAAAGUCAUUUUGGUUAACAUAUUCGGAGGAAUUGUUCGAUGCGACCUGAUUGCCAACGGAAUACUGAAUGCCACUCGUCACUUGCAUCUCGAACUUCCCCUUGUCGUUAGACUUGCCGGUACGAAUGCUCAGUUGGCGCAGGACAUUUUGAAGACUUCGAACGCCAACAUUUCGACGGCAGACAGCUUAGAAGAUGCUGCGACCAAGGCUGUCCUGUCCGCUAACAUGGUUCAGGACAAUUGUCGCCCAUCAGAGGGACAGCAUGAUGUUUUUACUAACUAAGUAUUGUGUCGAAAAAAAAAGAGGCAUGCCAAUGCACUCUCUAUUCCGGU